UUCCGUACGGACAAAGGUCAUAGCUGCAAAUUCCUAUCCUUCUCUCUCUCUAGAUUCUCUCUCUUAACGUGUGGCCACUCCACCUCCUCUCCUCUCCUCUCCUCUCACCUUCACAUACACACACUCAAAUAUAUACAAAAUUCCAAAACCGAAUCUACAUCUACACAUCUCAUUCUCUCCAACAACAUUCUUUACUUCAACCAAUACAAAUGCCUAGUUCCUUCCCCAACCCAUUCUUUCUUGCUUCAUGAGCACCACCAUCACUAUGUGGGACUCUGUUUCUUGUUGCCACUGUGCCAAGGGAUAUGACUUCGUCAAUCAGACAAGUACUACUAUUAGGGCCAAUUCUCAUGCAUUUUCACAUAUGUCUCGACAUUUUUUCUCUGUGCCAUAUAACCGACAAAUGCGUGUGCCAUCGUCCUCCAUAUAUCACAGAAUAAGUCACUGCAUUUCUUUUACUGCAAAUGUAUCCAAGGGCAGGCCUUUGUUAUCUCCCUCAAUUUUUAGUGAAAUAGGAUUCUGCUUCUUCAAUCAUAGACUGGCUCAGAGGGAAAGAUUCCGGAUAUAUACAGCACUUGAUGUUUCUGGUGCUGUUGAUGUCAUCAAUGAUUUGGGAUUGGAUAUUUUGACAUUAUUAGCCGUGACUGUUAUGGUUGUUCCAGCCUUCAAGAUCAUCAAGACUAGCCCUAUACUUGGUUUCUUCUUUGCGGGAGUUGUGCUCAAUCAAUUUGGUCUGAUCAGGAAUCUUACAGAUGUUAAAAUUCUAUCUGAAUGGGGGAUCCUUUUCUUGCUGUUUGAGAUGGGUUUGGAGCUUUCACUUGCACGCUUGAAAGCUCUUGCUAAAUUUGCCUUUGGCAUGGGAUUGACUCAGGUUGUAUUGUCCACUCUUGCUUUCACAGCAUUCGAGCUUCCCCCUAAUGGAGCUAUUGGAACAAAAAUAUUGCAGUUCCUUUUUAACUCGAGGCCUGAUUUGGUGAACAUCAGAAGUGUUGAUGAGGCAAUAGUGAUCGGUGCUGCUCUCUCAUUGUCUUCGUCAGCUUUUGUUCUGCAGCUUCUUGCAGAAAAGGGUGAGCUUCCAACUAGAUUUGGCUCAGCAACAUUGGGGAUACUUCUACUACAGGACAUAGCGGUUGUUCCUCUCUUAGUCAUACUUCCAGUGCUGGAGAGCCAGCAGAAUUUGGGGGAGGAGAGUAUUUGGCCGAUGCUUGCUCAAGAAAGUUUGAAGGCUUUAGGUGGACUAGGCCUGCUUUCUCUCGGAGGAAAAUACCUUCUUAGGCGAAUCUUUGAGGUUGUUGCAGAAGCAAGGAGCUCAGAAGCUUUUGUUGCUUUAUGCCUACUGACAGUUGCUGGGACUUCACUUCUAACCCAGAAGUUGGGUUUCAGUGACACGCUUGGAGCAUUUUUGGCUGGGGCAUUACUAGCAGAAACAAAUUUCCGAACACAGAUUGAAGCCGAUAUAAGGCCAUUUAGAGGCUUGUUUCUUGGGUUAUUUUUUGUUACUACUGGUACUUCUAUUGACACGCAGCUUCUUUUCCGAGAAUGGCCAAAUGUGCUUUCACUCUUGGGCGGUUUAAUCGUUAUCAAGACAUUAAUUAUAACAGCAAUUGGUCCCCGAGUUGGACUAACUAUACAAGAGAGUGUAAGAAUAGGAUUGCUUCUGUCCCAAGGGGGGGAGUUUGGAUUUGUAGUUUUUUCUCUAGCAAAUGGGCUUGGAGUGCUACCACUUGAGUUGAACAAACUGCUCAUAAUUGUUGUUGUGCUGUCGAUGGCACUGACACCCCUACUUAAUGAAGUUGGGAGAAAGGCUUCUGAUUUUAUUGGUGAAAAUUUUGAAGGGGAUAAAAUUGCUGACACAGUGAACUUUGAUGCUAGCGAACCAGUAGUUAUCCUUGGAUUUGGGCAAAUGGGUCAGACAAGUUUACAGCUUGGCUCUAAGCUUUUAAAAGGGUUCGGUGUCAUGUCUGAUGAUGUGACCUUUCUUCGUGAGCUUGUUCAAGGCUCCAUGGAGAUACAAGCUCAAGAAGAACUCAACAAAACUGGUGAUCAAGAAAUUGAAGUUAUGAAUCCAUUCCAG